AUGUGCGCCAAAGACACCUCCCCAUCACCGACCCCAUCUCCAACAUCAUCCGCAAACGCAACGCCUUCCUCCACUAGCCCCGCCUCCGCAUCCCAGACUUCCAAUUGCCCAGCAACCGCACCCAUUCAAACAAAGCAGGGCUUCGACGGAAAGUCCUUUGCAGCCGGUUUCUUCCCUGGCAUAGUCAUCGGCGCCCUCAGCACCUUGGCCCUGAUCUGGAUCAUCAAGAAAAGACGCGAAUCCCAGUCUAAGGAGCGCUACUCUGGCGACUUUGGCCAUGUAGCUCGUCAAAUUAGCGACCCCAUCUACGACCCUCAACACGCUGCACGGACAGACUUCAUGCGUCGGGGCAGCCACUCCGCCCACUCAAGCCCCAAUUCAACAGACCGGAUAGUCCAAGGCAUGAAGGAAACAAACGCCAACCCACCUAUCCACGGCUUCACACCCAGGAUAAAAAGCAUGUGGGACCGCACUCCCAAACUAAACUUUGGGUUUACGGGUGGUCUCCCAUCAAAUCCCGCUCCCCCCGUCCGUGCAGGAAAUCCAUAUACCGAUCCUUACCAAACCCCGCCCCCGAAACCGAAACGCAUUCACUCUGCCAGUCGGCGCACGAGUUCCCUCCGUACGAGUACCCAGACAUUCAACACACUACAGCCAGGACAACACCGUCCCAAUGUGGCAAGGAGCGGCAGCUCAGAAACUAUCGAUGUCUUGAUGCCUGCACCGAGUUUCUUAGCUCCGCCACAGGCACCGGGUAUGCGGCGCGAUAAUCGCUACACAACCGACUCGGCCAACACAACAUUUACGAAACUUAUGGAGAGGGCGGGGUUUGAUGAGAGCGCGCAGCAGGAAGUCAAGGCGUGGAGGACGCCUCGGGCUUAG